GGGUGUCUAGGCGCCUUAGACGGAACUCACAUAAGAGUGACAGUACCGGAAGUUGAUAAGCCAAGGUAUCGCACCAGGAAAGGAGAAGUUGCUGUGAACGUACUAGGAGUAGUCGACCGUAACCUAAAUUUCGUAUAUGUGUUGUGUGGAUGGGAAGGUUCUGCAGCCGAUUGUCGUGUUCUUAAAGAUGCAAUAAAUAGACCUAAUGGCUUCAAAAUCCCUAGAGGUAACUAUUACCUAUGUGAUAAUGGGUACACAAACGGUGAAGGUUUUUUGUGUCCAUACAAGAGUGUGAGAUAUCAUUUAAAAGAUUGGGGGGAAGGAAGGCUUACACCUCAGACCCCUUACGAAUUUUUCAACAUGGCCCACUCCAAAGCUAGAAACGUGGUCGAGAGGUCUUUUGGUAUUUUGAAAAAAAAAUGGGCGAUCCUACGUAGUCCAACGUUUUAUGAUAUAAAAAUUCAAAAUAGACUGAUUAUGGCUUGUGUAUUACUGCAUAAUUUUAUUCGACGUGAGCUUCCGGUGGAUCCCAUGGAGAUGAUGAUCGGAGAAGAUGAACAAAAUGAAGAUAGUGACGAGCACGACUUCUCAUUUAUUGAUUGUGUUGAGAGCUCUGAUCAAUGGUCUGAAUGGAGAGACACGUUAGCUGUGUCUAUAGUGAUGAUGAACUCUUCAGGAAAAAUGAACCCAAAACCGAGGAAACCGCGGGCUGAUAAGGGUCGAAGAAGUUGGAGUCGACGAGAGGAGGAAGUUCUUAUUGCCGCCCUCAAAGGAAUCAUCACGAGUGGAUGGAAAUCUGAAAAUGGGUUCAAGAUGGGCUUUCUCAAUGUUCUUGAGCAGGAACUGGCGAAGCAAUUACCAGGUAGUGAUUUGCGAGGUAUGCCCCAUAUCAACUCGAAAAUCCAUGUUUGGAAGAAAGAUUAUGGUAGUCUAUGUACUAUGCUAUCACGAAGUGGUGUUGGGUGGAAUGAAUCAGACAUGAUGAUUGAUUGUACUGACGAAGCAUGGGCGGACUGUGUGAAGGUUGAUGCUAAUGCUCGUCACAUGCGUCACAAGUCGUGGCCAUAUUAUUAUGACUGGAUCGAGAUAUUUGGAAAGGACAGGGCGACAGGACAUCAAGCUGAAGACCUUUUUGAUGCUGCUAGCAAUGUCAAUUUAUCCUGCCAUGCUCGUUCUUCGUCUCAACCUCUGGAUAUGGAUAUGAACGAUGUAAACAUUGAAAUUGAAGAAGAGGUUAACGAGACAAUGUCGGAAAGCACCCAACCAUGUUCUACGGCGACGAAAAAAAGCGUCGGGCGUAAACGAAAGUCAGGUCAGAGUGUGGAUCCUCUUUGUGAAAUUAUGAAAAAAUAUGUUGAAAACUCAAGUGCUCGUUUGGAGGAAAUUGCGAAAAGGAUAGGAUAUGACUAUGAUGUUUCAACUGGUCGUAAGGAUGUUUUUUCUGCUGUGAAAGAAAUUGAAGGUUUGAACCUAAAAGAGCAGUUGCUAGUCUCCAAACUUCUCGUAAAAAAUACAGACGAGUUGGAUUUGUUCUUUAGCCUUGACCCUGUUUCCCGAGCUGAAUACGUGCGAAUGAAGCUGGCCGGAAAUAUAUAG